UGAUCUUUAAAAUUUCAAAAGCUCAUUUUUGCAGCUUAGUCUUCUAGUAACUUCUGAAUGAUAAGACAUGAUUCAAUUCCUUGAAACUUAUGCUGUAGUUUAAAAAAUAAGUAUUAAUUACACGACUGCAGUGUUUUUUUAAAUUGACUAGUUCGUUUUUUAUCGUUUCAAAAUUUUUGUAUUUAAGUAAGAAAUCUAUCCUUCCAUUCCGGGUAAAAUAUGAUGGCUUUUUUUUUAUUAUUGAAACUGCUCAAAUUUUUAUCACUGCCGUCUAAUUAUUCUCUAGUAAAUUAAAUUUUUUCAUGAGCUAACUUCAGUUGUUAAUAAAAAUAAUUAUUUUUUAUAGUAAAAAAAGUCGACGGAAAUGAAAACGCGGUAACCUUGAAAAAUGGGCGGCGCGAGUUCAAAAGAUAAUUAUAGAAAAUCAAUAGCGACUGAGCAGGUAUUAAUAAAAAAAACCUGGAGUAAAAUAGAAGAUAAUCUUCAGUAUCAUGCGAAUGUAUUUUUUACCGAAUUUUGCGAAGCGUAUCCGCAGUACGUAAAAUAUUUUACAUAUGACCCGGACAUGCCGCUGACCCUAGAUGCGGAUACAAGCAAAAAAUUUAUGAUAAUUAUGGAGACCAUGGGAUAUUUAUUGAUAUAUUUUUUAAAUAAACCCAAACAAGUAAAACAUAUAAUAGGAUAUGUAGCGAUGGUGCACAAGGACAUGGACAUCACACGUGCAGAUAUGACAAAUUUCAGAGAAAACUUGAUUAAAUAUAUAACGUCAACAUUUCCGAAAUUAAUAACGAGCGAAAAUGAAAAUAUCAUCGCUAAAUAUAUCAGAUAUAUUACGGAUGAAAUAUCUCAGAGUAUUGAAGAUUUUAAAAAAACUGAAUCGCGUAUUAAUUUUGAAUUAACUAAAAGUCACAAUGGGUUAUUAACACACUGCUUAUGUAGAGAAGAAUUAAUUUACGGGUGUAAAUUGGACUACUGGAACGAACGGAAGCGCGUAUGGGAGGAGCGGCUAGAAGAAUGGAAGCUUAAAGUUCGUACGCCGGUUGAUCCAUCAAAUCGUUCUUCAACCGACGAAGACAUAAUGCCCAUUCGUAAAUCAAAAUUCGAAGAUACUAUUACGGAGCAUGAAGAAUCUAUCCGUGUUUGGGAGCCACGAGAUAGCUCUGGAACGGGAAUCAGUAAAAUUACGGAUGACAGCGUCCAGAUUUCUCAAAAUCGUAGGCGCGUUACCUUGAAGAUGAAAAAAUCUGGGCAAACUAAUUAUGACGUAAUUGAAAUUGUCAAUCCAACAGAACAGUCUGCCAAGAGACAACAAUUGUCGAUGAAAGAAAAAAAAUUAUCUGAUAAUGAGCCAGCGUCAACUUCCGUCGCAUCAUCUCCACCGGUCGUCGAUUCAGAAGCUAGAAAACGACGUCGCCAAUUGCUAUCAACUCUCAAUAAUGAUUAG